AAUGCCGGGGAAAGUUCUUGGUGCCUCCUAGUCCAGGCUGGCACUCACCGGACCCAGCUACUUAAAGCAAUGGUAAAUCAGAAGAACCAGGUAAGAACAUGGAUCCCCAAACUCUUCAAGAAGAAAGUCUGUACAACUUUUAUCGAGCAGCCGAGUGAAGCGGGGGACUCCUGCUUGUGCCAGUGUGGGAACACUCGCAGCAACCAUAUCUCCGUCGCCACAGAAGAUGCCUUCGGAGCGGCCAUUGUCAGCAAAUGGGUCUCAGCCCAGCACACAACAGAGAAACCCACAGAUGCCUACGGAGAGGUGGAGUUUGUGGGCACUGGACGCAGGCCCAGCAAGUUCAUUCGCUUGUCAGACACAUCGAACUCUGCGGCUGCCUACGCCCUAGUCACAAACCACUGGAAAAUCCCACACCCCAACCUGGUGGUGUCAGUGGUGGGGGGUGAAGGUGAGGUACAAGUGAGGGCGUGGCUUAAGGAUGUGCUGCGGAAAGGCCUGGUGAAAGCGGCUCAGAGCACUGGGGCCUGGAUUAUGACUGGUGGCCUCCAUGCUGGGGUGGGCAAAUAUGUUGGAGAAGCCGUGAGAGACCAUACCACAGCCAGUACUAAUUCCAGCACCCAGGUGGUGGCUAUGGGCAUCGCUCCAUGGGGCAUGGUUGAGAAUCGCCAUUGUCUUGUAAACACAAAGGGUUCAUUCCCAGCACAUUAUAUCCGGACAAGCCCUGCCAGCCCUUUCUGUCCUCUAGAUGCCAACCACUCUGCCUUCUUCUUGGUAGACGAUGGGACGACGGGCAAGGCAGGUGGAGAAGCUUUCUUCCGUGCCCACCUGGAACACUACAUUGCCCAGCAAAAAGUGGGAGCUGGAGGUGUUGGAAGUAUUGAGAUUCCUGUGUUGGUGUUGCUCAUUUGUGGGGACUCAUCCAUGUUCAAGCGUGUUGCUGAGGCUGUGCAUUCCUCCAUCCCCUGCCUGCUCUUGCGUGGAUCUGGAGGGGCAGCUGACUGCUUGGCUGAGUUGCUGGAAGAGACGCUACCCAGAGAGUCCCUGAAGAUCAAGGCACUGGAGAAAAUGCGAGGAAAGUUCCCUGAGAAUGAACUGGCAGAGCUGGCAGAAGAGGCAGAACGAAUUGGGGCCAGACGAGAACUAGUGACAAUCUACUCUGACCAAGAAGGCCUGGAAGAGUUUGAAACUAUCUUGCUCAAAGCCCUGGUGAAAGCGUGUAGGCAGAAAAGUGAGGCUGCUUGCUACCUGGAUGAGCUGCGUCUGGCUGUGGCCUGGAACCGUGUGGACAUUGCCAGCACUGAGCUCUUCUGUGGGGACAUCGUCUGGGAGCCCCACCUAUUGCAAGAUCCGAUGUACGAUGCUUUGCUUGGGGACCGCCCUGAACUUGUACGCCUCUUUGUGGAAAAUGGCUUGGACGUUGGGCAGUUCCUGACCUGGGGACAACUGGAGAAUCUGUAUGCAGGGGCUCCGGAGGGCUCCUUGCUGCACAAUCUUCUGGAGCAACAUCAAGGCAUAUUCCAUGAGCCCUCUUCGCCCCCAGAAUACCUGCUAUUAGAUCGAUCUUUGUCUGAGUGCCACCUGUCACAGGUGGGCCGCAUCCUGCACGAACUACUGGGAGACGUCUGUGCUCCCUUUUAUGUGGGGCUGCAUUCUGCCAACCAGAAAGGGAUAGGGGCCAAGGGACUUUCGCCUAAAGCAGAGGCAUUGUACCGCACCGACCUCUCCCCAAACCCUUGGACUGACCUGUUUAUUUGGGCUGUGUUGCUGAACCGUGGAGAGAUGGCCAUGUAUUUCUGGGAAAUGGCUCCUGAUGCUGUGGCUGGGGCUCUGGUAGCAGCACGGAUCUUACGGGAACUUUCACACCUGGAGACAGAGGCACAGGAGGCAGCCUCCAUGAAGGACCUGGCGAUGCGCUUUGAGAACUUGGCCAUAGGUGUAUUCAACGAAUGUUACCGUAAUGGCGAGCCACUGUCCUAUAAACUGCUGGUGCGCCGUUCCAGUCUUUGGGGUGGAGCUACCAUCCUCGUGCUGGCUCACCAGGCAGAUGCCCGUCUCUUCUUUGCCCAGGAUGGUGUGCAGUCCCUGCUCACCCAGAACUGGUGGGGAGAGAUGGAUCAAAGCACCCCAGUCUGGAAGCUCCUCCUCACCUUCUUCUGUCCCCCUCUCAUCUUCACUGACCUCAUCACCUUCAGGCAGAUGGAUGAUGACCUCCGACUAGAUCCCUCCCAGCCCAUCGAGCUAGACGGCCUUGACACAGAUAUGAAAGCUACCAUCGGAGACAUGAUGGCCGAGAACAUGGAUACUCUUCCCCCGCCUUCCCCUCGCCGGAUCUGGAUACAGCAAUGGCGGCAGUUCUGGAGGGCCCCUGUGACAGCAUUCCUGGGCAAUGUGGUGAUGUACCUGCUCUUCCUCUUCCUCUUCUCCUAUGUCUUGCUCAUGGAUUUUGCAGCCCCACCUGCCAGCCCUUCUGGCUCGGAGAUUGCUUUGUACAUUUGGGUCUUCACGCUAGUCUGCGAGGAGGUGCGGCAGGGCUGCUUCACGGGGUCCCAGCCCCUGCUGCAAAGGGUACGGCGAUACUUCCAGGACACGUGGAACCAGUUUGACAUCACAGCCCUGCUUCUUUUCAUGCUGGGGGUUGUGUGCAGGCUGUUUCCUGAGUCAUUCGAAUCUGGCCGCACCAUUCUCUGCCUGGAUUUCAUGGUCUUCACCCUUCGCCUCAUCCACAUCUUUGCUGUUAACAAACAGCUGGGUCCCAAGAUGAUCAUAGUUGGCAAGAUGAUGAAAGAUGUCUUCCUCUUCCUCUUCUUCCUCGGGGUGUGGCUGGUGGCCUAUGGGGUGACGACUGAGGGGCUUCUGCUCCCACAUGACCGACGUCUCCCCUGGAUAUUCCGCCGGGUCUUCUAUCGGCCUUACUUGCAGAUCUUUGGACAGAUCCCACUCAAUGAGAUUGACGCUGCUCUGAUUGCAGCGGCAAACUGCACCUAUGACCCCGUGGCCAUCUUGUUGGAGGAGGCACAGCCGUGCACCAACACCUACGCCAACUGGCUGGUGCUCAUCCUCCUGGUGGUCUUCCUCCUGGUCGCCAACAUCCUCCUCCUCAACCUGCUCAUUGCCAUGUUCAGUUACACAUUUGCCAAGGUGCAAGGCAACAGCGACAUCUACUGGAAGUCCCAGCGCUAUAACCUCAUCAUGGAAUAUCACAGCCGCCCAGCCCUGGCUCCGCCCUUCAUCCUCUUCAGCCACCUGCAUCUUUUCAUCAAGCGCCAUGUCCGCAAGGUGCAGUCUUCCAAGGGACGCAACUUCCUUCUGGAACUUUCUAAGACCCAGGAUGCACAGCUACUCACGUGGGAGUCAGUGCAGAAGGAAAAUUAUUUAGUGGCUCAGAAACGGCAAAAACGGGAUUCUGAUACGGAGCGCCUACGGCGAACUUCCCAGAAAGUUGAUCAGGCUCUGAAACAGCUUUCAGAAAUCAAGGAAUCGGAGCGUCGCCUGCAGACCCUGGAGAAAGAGAUGGAAUAUUGCACUACUGCCUUGGCCUGGAUGGUUGAUGUUUUGGCUCAGAGUGACAUUGCCAAAGGGAAGAAGGCUCCUCCAGCACGGAAGAAAGACUGAUUGUCCAUGCUGCCACAGAAAAAGCCAUUCUUCAUUUCCAGAGGGUGCAGUGCUUAAGUCACCUUUCAUCCUCAGAAUCCAGAUGUGCCUUGUCAUGAACCUAACUGGGCACAGCCUAGGCCACCCUGGACCUUAUGACAGGAGGUAUAGUAACUUGAGAUUCUUUAGUGCCCCAGGAAAUCUUAAUCUUGUCAAACCUUGCAGUGGCACAAGAUACAGCCUCAAGUUCUCCCGCCUUCUACACAAAACCCUGUGUGUAUGCUAGAAACCUCCAC